UAUAUCUUAAAUCGUGCUACGAAGGGAGCCGUGUCGUGCCGCCGAUUCACUAUCGUAGUAUCGUAAACUAUCGUUAUCAGCUGCAGUUGCAACUGCAGUAUCGAGGUGAUAACGAGAGUCCGCACUUCCGCGGGACGACGUCCGAACCAUGGCCAAAUACAUCGUGCAAAUAAUAAUCAUCGGCUCUCAGAUUGUCGGCAAGGCGCUGACCAAAGCUCUCAAACAGGAAUACGCCGCAAGUCAGGAGUCCGCUCGUAGGGCUGGUGGAGGACGUGCCGGCGCAGCUCAUGCCGCUGCCAAUGCCAAGGCCGGCAUCACGUUGGAGGAGGCCAAACAGAUAUUGAACGUCAAAGAUAUGACACAAGAUGAAAUUCAGAAAAGAUAUGAAUAUUUAUUCAGAAUAAAUGAUAAAUCACAAGGUGGUUCAUUUUACCUACAGUCAAAAAUAUACAGAGCUAAAGAACGACUAGAUAAAGAAAUUACCAAUAAAAGUAGUGAAAAAGCGAAAAAAGUAGAAUAGGUAACUAAUAUAAUAUUACUUUAUGUGUUAAUAAACAUGUAUAAUUUUGUUAAAAUAAAAUAAAAACAAUUAUUUUCUAAUUUAGUCAAUUGUAUCAAAAUAUAUAAUAAAUUGCAAAACUAAAAA